AUACUGUAGAGGCGGCGGUGGAGGAGAUCGUUCGACUGAAGACUAGCUCCUCGGAAGAGUUCCAUCUCCUGCAGGACAUGGACAGGGGCAGUACCUGGCAGCGGUCUGAGACACAAUUUUCUGUGCCCGGAACCUUGUCGACAAUCUUCCCGGGCCAGUACGGCGCCUACGACAGUCAAGAAGAUUUCAGUGCUAACGAGCAACUGGAGUGCCAGGAGCCAUGGGCGUGUCCACUGCCGCCCGCGCGCCGCUACGUGUGCCGCUGGGAGCGCGGCGUGGUGCGCGUGUUCGGCUGCGAGGCGGACGCGGCGGGUCACAAGCCGCUGCCCUACCGACACAUCGCCUUCGAGAAGUAUGUCGAGGAUAUGACGAGGCUGACUGCUAUGAUCAGCGAUGGACCCUUGAAAUCGUUCUGCUACCGCCGGCUGAGCUACCUGUCAUCAAAGUUUAAACUGCACGCGCUGCUCAACGAGCUGCACGAGCUGGCGCUGCAGAAGGCUGUGCCUCACAGGGACUUCUACAACGUCAGGAAAGUGGACACGCACAUCCACGCCGCGUCGUCCAUGAACCAGAAGCACCUGCUGCGCUUCAUCAAGCGCACGCUGCGCACGCAGCCGGACGCGGUGGUGGCGCUGAGCGGCGGCAAGCCCAUGACGCUCAAGUCUGUGUUCGAGGAGAUGCAGCUGGACGCGUACGACCUGAACGUGGACAUACUGGACGUGCAUGCUGAUCGGAAUACCUUUCAUCGGUUUGACAAGUUCAACGCGAAGUACAACCCUGUCGGCGAGAGCAGACUGCGGGAGGUGUUCCUCAAGACUGACAACUAUAUGAACGGCACCUACUUCGCUAGUAUUAUAAAGGAAGUAAUGAGCGACUAUGAAGAGAACAAGUACACUUACGCCGAGCCGCGAAUAUCGAUCUACUGCAAGAGCGCGGCGGAGUGGGGCAAGCUGGCCUCUUGGGCUAUACGGCACCACGUGCACUCAAAACACGUGCGCUGGAUGGUGCAGGUUCCUCGACUAUAUGAUAUCUAUCGCAUCAACAAGCUCCUGAAGAACUUUCAAGAAUUCCUGAACAAUCUGUUUGAGCCGCUGUUCAAAGUCUCCAUAGACCCUCAAACUAAUAUCGAACUCCACAAGUUUCUGACUAAUGUGAUAGGCUUCGACAGUGUGGACGACGAGUCCAAGCCCGAGAACGCCAACUUGACUGAGAACAUGAAGUCGCCCGAGGAGUGGGACGAUGAGGAGAAUCCUCCCUACGCCUACUAUAUCUACUACAUGUAUGCGAAUAUGGUGAUCCUGAAUCAAGUGAGGAGAGAACAAGGUCUGAACACUUUCGUCCUGCGGCCGCACUGCGGUGAGGCGGGACCGCCUGACCACCUGUGCGCAGGGUUCCUGCUGUCGCAGAACAUCUCGCACGGACUCAUGCUGCGGAAGGUGCCGGCGCUGCAGUACAUGUACUACCUGGCGCAGGUGUUCGUGGCGAUGUCGCCGCUCAGCAACAACUCGCUGUUCCUGCGCUACCACCGCAACCCGCUGCCCGACUACUUCGCGCGCGGCCUGCGCGUCACCCUGAGCACGGACGACCCGCUGCAGUUUCACUACACUAAGGAGCCGCUGAUGGAGGAGUACAGCGUGGCGGCGCAGGCGUGGAAACUAAGCGCCUGCGACAUGUGCGAGUUGGCGCGGAACUCCGUCAUCAUGUCUGGCUUCCCGCACGAGCUGAAGCAGCGCUGGGUGGGGGCGCAGUACGCGCGGGAGGGGGCGGCGGGGAACGACAUCACGCGCACCAACGUGCCGGACGUGCGCCUGCAGUACCGCCACGAGACGCUCAUCGACGAACUGGAUAACUUGUUUAAGAAAACAGCUGUUGGGCAAAACUCGUAAUAUGUAAAUGAAAGCAAGGCGUUUGUAAAUAUCAUAUUAUAUUUAUUUUCGUCUAACAUUUACAAAUAAAUACAUUAACCAAUUUGCAUAUGUUUUAUUUACAAUUUAAAUAAUAAAAUAUCACUAACUGUAAACUUCGUAAUAACUUCGUAUAAGGUAUGCAUU